AUGUUUUUGGAUUUGGAGUGGUGGCAAAUUUGUUUGGUUGCUUUAAUAGCAUUUUUGGGAUUUCUUUUCACAAACUACAUCAUGAAAAAGAUUAAUGAAGCAAGAAUAGAAGAAAGAUAUGCUCGACUAGCCCAGGGACAAGACACUAAUCAGGGAACGCAAUACGAAGAACUAGGUUUGAAGUCAUUAGCAACUAAAGGGAAUGUACCAACUGAAGAAAAUAAACCAGCAAUGGCCAGACCCAGAAAACAAAUAUCUUUAACUUCAAAUAAAGAUGAAAGUAUUCAUCAAGAUUACAGAACACAAAAAGUAGCAUCGAUUCCUAAAGCAAAUAAUGCGGGGGGCUUAAAAGAAGUAGUGGAAAAAAAUGCAAAUACAUUACCAUGUACAGUAAGAAUAAAGCAAGAAAAGCCUACUGAUUUAACUUCUGACACAGCGAUUGAGCCAAAAAAUAAUAGUAUCAAAAACGCCAGUAAACACAUCUUGGCUAACAUAGUGUUUCCAAUCUCCGAAAUAGUACAAAAUUCAGAGGUAACAGCAUCAACAGAUGGAAUAACGCAUCAAUUCAAAGAAAAAAUAACUAAUAAAAAUGUUUUAUCCCCAAUCAAUAAUAUUGGAAUACAAAUUAAUGAAGCAAAUAGUAAUAAUUUUCAAAUAUUAGAUAGACCAGAGAAUAAAAUUAUUCAAAAAAUCAUAGAUAACAGUAGCUUAAAAAGUAAUGAGAUGGAAACUAAUAUUACUGAAGCAAUAAAAUAUGAGUUGCCAGAAAUAUCACAUAAAAUAGAAGAACCCAUGUUUGGAAUAGACAGCGAAAUAAAGAAAACAGAGAACGUAAUAAUUGAAAAAGCUAGCACUGACUACAACAAUCAAACUCCAGAAACAUCAAAAAAUAUAAACAAAUCACCACUACUCUCAAAAGAAAUAUUGCCACAAGAAAAAAAAGUUUCCAUUAAAAAUUCAGAUUUUUUAAAAACAGAAAUAUUACAAGCGGCUGUGGAAACACUUUCCCAGAAAACAAGCAUUAGUUCCCUAAUUAAUAGUUUCUCAAAUGUGAAAGCUACGAAUACUCAAGAAAUUGCACCGCCAGACGAGCUGAAAAAAGAUGAUAACCAUCCAUCAACGACUAUUGGGCUUGUAAUGUUAGAUGUAUCCCAAAAAGUAGGAUACUCGUUAUUUCAUAAUACAAACGAUUUUAAAUAUAACAAUGAACAUGAAGUUACAAACGUAACCAUCGAAAGUGCAAAUAUAAAGGCAACAGAAAAUUCUUCUUCUUUGACAAGUAGUAACUUGGACACAAAGAGUUCUAAUAUGAAGAAUAUUACUCUUGCAAAAGACGUUGUUGUGAAAAUCACUACAUCUGACGCUGAUCCUCAAACAUCAAAAUUGAAAAAGAAAUCACGGAAAAAGUUAACUCCCACUUUAGGUGACAGUUCAAAGACCAAGUACACCCGAAACUUAAAAAGUUUUUGGGAAAUAUUUUUAAGUUAUCGCCGUAGCUAG